AUGUCUAUGCUCCCUCAUGUCAAUGCUGUCUGUAAAUCAGCCUUCUACAAUCUGUGUAACAUUUCCCGCAUAAAAAAAUUCCUAUCUUCAAAGUUUACCGAGAUUCUCGUCCAUGCUUUUGUAGCCUCCAAGCUUGACUACUGCAAUUCUCUUUUGUAUAAUGUGCCGAAGUAUGUUUUGAAAAAGCUUCAAUCAGUACAGAAUGUUGCCGCCCACCUGAUUACAUGCUCCCGGAAAUAUGACCACAUUGCUCCAGUUCUGUCCAACCGACACUGGAUUCCUGUAAAUGAGCAUAUUAAAUUCAAAAUCCUGCUGCUCUACACCAACAAGCACCUAUCUACAUUCAAGAUCUGGCUGUUAUUUUUAAUAUGAAGUCCUAUGGGUCUAGAGCUUUUGCUGUCGCUGCUCCUGGCCUACGCAACAGUCUACCUGACAACAUCCGUUCAUGUGAUAAUUUACCUCAAUUUUAUUUCGUCAACUAUUUGAUUAUCUGUUUAAUUGUUUGGAAUGUUAAUAUUAACUUUAUAGCUUUACACACGCUUAUGUAAAGCGCCUAGAGCUGGAUUGGAUAGGCAUUAUACAAAUUUUAAUCAUCAUUAUGAAUACAGUUUUGUGUUAAAAUGUUUUAUCAGUGUCAUUAAGGUCACUCACACAUCAUUCAACUCUCGUUUAACAGAUGGAUAAUUCUACCAGCCCAAGACCCACAAAGCGGGCCAAGUAUGGGAUCCCCGAGACCACAAAAGCAACACCUCUGUCAAGCUCAACAACAAGUAAGUUUUUCUCCAUUACAUAAAGUAUUAAUACUUCUAAUUAUUUUUUCUGUCAAUGUCUUUGAUUGCUAAUGCCCAUCUCUACUAGACAGUUUCAACCAUAAAACAAUAGUUUAAGACAGAUAUAACCAAUCUAAACAACAAGGGUGACAUUCCCCAUCCCUGCCAGGGAACAUAAAUAUUAGAGAUAAAUAUUUAAGUUAAAUGUACCAUGGUCAAUAAUUUGCACUGUAAUAAUGUAAUAAAACUACUGCAAGCUAUAAAAUAUUGCACAUUAAAUAAUGGUGCUGAAUUGUAUUGUAUUGUAUUUUCACAAUUGUUUUUCAACAGACUGCAGCAGAUACAUUCAAGAAGUUCAAGAAAUCCAGCAAACUAAAAGCUCCAAGAACUUGUACUUUGACAUACGACUACAAACUGCAAAAGAUGAAACUCAGUCUGUGAGAUUCAUGGUCCAGACAGGAGAGUCAUCAAAGCAACAAUUUUUUUCUAGUUAAAUUUCAAACCCAGCAACAGUUAACACUAUCCAACCUCCAACAAGAACAAAGAAACAUGUUAUUCCUAAACAAGGGUACAGCUAUUCAAGAUACACCUCGACAUUCUAUUUAGUUUCCGGUCAAACCACUGGCACUAAUGACGCCAACAUCUGUAGAUACUAUCCUUAAGCACCCCAACUCUGUACAAUUCACUGCCUCCGUUUGAAUUAAAUGGCUUGGAGAACCAGUAAAAACAGAACAUUUAACUAAAAUGGUGAGAGAGGCUAAAAUAA